GGAGCGACUGCGCCCCACCCAGCAGAACUCCGCCCACCAGGCGCGAUGCUGGAACUACAUGUCCCAUGAGGCUCUGGGAGGACGCAGUUUUCCACCGGAAAGAGGUUGGCUGAGGUGGGGGAGGAGCCCAAAAGGGAUUGUGGGAGUACAGCUCUUUCCUUUCCGUCUGGCGGCCGCCAUCAGGUAAGCCAAGAUGGGUGCAUACAAGUACAUCCAGGAGCUAUGGAGAAAGAAGCAGUCUGAUGUCAUGCGCUUUCUUCUGAGGGUCCGCUGCUGGCAGUACCGCCAGCUCUCUGCUCUCCACAGGGCUCCCCGCCCCACCCGGCCUGAUAAAGCGCGCCGACUGGGCUACAAGGCCAAGCAAGGUUACGUUAUAUAUAGGAUUCGUGUUCGCCGUGGUGGCCGAAAACGCCCAGUUCCUAAGGGUGCAACUUACGGCAAGCCUGUCCAUCAUGGUGUUAACCAGCUAAAGUUUGCUCGAAGCCUUCAGUCCGUUGCAGAGGAGCGAGCUGGACGCCACUGUGGGGCUCUGAGAGUCCUGAAUUCUUACUGGGUUGGAGAAGAUUCCACAUACAAAUUUUUUGAGGUUAUCCUCAUUGAUCCAUUCCAUAAAGCUAUCAGAAGAAAUCCUGACACCCAGUGGAUCACCAAACCAGUCCACAAGCACAGGGAGAUGCGUGGGCUGACAUCUGCAGGCCGAAAGAGCCGUGGCCUUGGAAAGGGCCAUAAGUUCCACCAUACUAUUGGUGGUUCUCGCCGGGCAGCUUGGAGAAGGCGCAAUACUCUCCAGCUCCACCGUUACCGCUAAUAUAAGUAAAGUUUGUAAAAUUCAUACCUAAUAAACAAUUUAGGACAGUCA